CUCCAACUCAUACCUAGUCUGAUCAGAUGUACGAAGUGCGAAAUAAUGAAAUGCAUUUUAACCUUCAGACCUUUGAUGUAAGGUAGAGACGUCAGUGCUUUUUCUUGGUUGUACGAAGUGUUUUGCAUCGAAAAACUAAAUGGCACUAUCUGUGUAAAUAAAAGCCAUCAACAAGAAUGAACACGAAUUUUGUACAGUCCCCCUCUUCCUCGGGGGGACUGGUCCAGGACAUGCUCGGGUCAAGAAGCGCUUCCAUGUCAUCCAGCACACAACACUACUCCGAUCCCGGCACGUCUGCACGCGCUACGACAAAUGGAGAAAUCGCGCUCGGAGGCAUCGGUGAGUGGAUUUUCUUCGGGGUCGCGUUCGUGCUUCUCAUGGUGUUCGACAGUGUGUGCUUGUUGCGGGGCAUCAGCAAAAUGACCUUGAAGCAAAGCGCCUUGUAUGUGUUGUUCUACUUCCUCUGUGCGCUAGGCUUCUGGGGCUUCAUCGUUUUCGUGCGCGGGGUCACCCCCGCGCUGCAGUGGAGCACCGGGUAAGGGAGUAGUGCAUUGAUUUGUGCUGGGGCUUGUUUAAUUUUUUUUUGUGGUUUUUUGAAUAAAACUGGCACCAGCAUGUAUCUAUGCAAUGUCAUACAUUCAUUUCUCUCCUCGCCCACCAGUUACCUCCUGGAGUGGAUGCUUUCCGUGGACAACCUGUUCGUGUACCGGGUGAUUUUUGAAAUGUACAAGUGCCCGAGUUACCUGCAGCAAAAACCGCUGUUCCUCGGCAUCAUCGGCGUCAUCGUGCUGCGCUUGCUGCUGUUCGCGGUGGGAGAAUGGCUUUACCACAGCAUCUCCUUCGUCUACCUGAUCCUGGGCGGGUUUCUCGUUUACACGGGCGUCAAAGUCGUGGUCACGGACGAGGAUGACGACGAGGACCCGACGCAAGGCCGCGUGAUCCAGUGGCUGGCCAAGCGCAUACCGCUCGUCAGCUACUACGACGCGGACGGGCGGUUUUUCGUGCAGGUGAGCAAGCACAGCUACGACGACACGCUGGCCGACUCGCCCACGUCCGCGGACCGGAUGCACCAACAUGUGGACCUUCAGAACAGCAACCUAGCAGCGGGGCUGGAGCAAAAGGGCGGCAGCUCGAGUACGAGCAAGAACAUCGAGCUGGCGGAGGUCGUCGGGAACAACAGUAGCAGUGGUAACAUGAAGGACCUAGACUUGGAGAUUGGCGGCAGUGGCAGCGGCGCAGCGGGGGCAGCGGGAUCUACUUCCGCAGGACCGGGCAGCAAGACGGCCGGCGAAGAUCGUGCAGGCGGAAGCAACGAGAGCGACAACAUACUAGCGGCCGGCAGCCCAAAUUCGGAUCGAACAAAUGGCGAGCUUUCGGACGAAGGGAUACCGAAGAAGCACCGGUCCCUGGUCAGGAGGUUCCCCUACAGGUCACCCUCGAAAAGCAGAAGCGACAGUGGGGGUGCCGGGGGGACACCGGCUGAAGAGGUAAGUACGUCGUCGUGUUCCAUUUGGUUAUCACAUUGCUAAGUCCCGGCCUGCUCGCGAGGGAAGAAAGUAUGUAUGGAAACUUCGAUGUUGCAUCGCUUUCCAUCUCGUAUCUGAUGACUUAUUCGUAUGACCACGCAACUGAUUCUCCAUUAUUCCAAAACAGCUGCAGACUCGCUGCACCAUGUCGUUUCUUGUAGCGUGCUGUCUCGCCGCCACCGACGUGGUUUUCGCCGUCGACUCGGCGUCCGCCAUCAUUGCGCAGAUACCGGAUAUCUACCUGGCCUACACGGCUUGCGCCUUCGCAACGCUCGGCCUCCGUGCGACGUUUUUCAUGGUGUCCGAGCUCAUCGCGCUGUUUUCGCUGCUCAAGUAUGGCGUGGGCUUCGUGCUCGUCUUCACGGGCGGUAAACUGAUGCUGGAAAAGGUCGUGAAAAUACCGGACUCCGUCACCGCGGGCAUCAUGCUCUCCACGUUCGCCAUCUGCAUUCUGGGGAGCUACCUGCUGGAAAAGUUCAACCUGCAGAAGGCCACGGAGCAAGACCCCAACGAGGCGCAGAAGGGCCGGGCACUAGCGACGCUUGGUACUAGAGAGAUUUUUAGUAAUUCUACUUGUUGAAGAAGCUCCAGCUUCGCGACGACUGAUCAUAGGGAUGGCUGUGUGAAGUAGUUCUUUUACGAAACAUCAUCUGCAGUACAUGUUCCAGACGUUGUCCCUAUCUUGCAGCCGACAGGAGCCUUAGGAUUAGCCACGACAAGUGAAGAUGAUACUCGCACCUCUAGAUUAAACGGGUGCAGCUGGUACGUCGAGCAAAUCUACUUCGGGGAAGUGAAGAUCAAGAUCCUUUACUCGUUUAUACUCUAAGGGAUCCUUUUCCUCAUUGGGUAUGCCUGCAUGACCGAAGUGUGGGUGGAGCGGAUGCACGACACCAUCACUGAGAAGAAUGACAACGCGUUUUUCCUCCUGCCGCAGCCGGAGAAGCCCGUGCGCGCGUUCUACUAUGAAGAGUGAGUAGGAAAAGGAGUAGCACUAGCAGUAGCUGCACCUGUUACAACUGCAAUCUCGAGGCUGCUGCGGCAGCUGCAUCCACGAUAGUGAUGAUCACUCACCGAUGAACACUCACCGUUCCAACUUCAUCAGGCGGCGACGACGAAGCGGGGAGCAAGGAGCUCCUGUACCACGAGCCGAAGGGGGCGGCUGGUGGUGCCUCGUUUUCCAGUAGCACGACCGCGAUCAGCAAAAACGGAGUCCUCGCGGGAAUACGAAACGGAUCUUCAGCGGGAUCGUCCUCGGGAACCGCCAACAGCACAAGCCCGUUUGACGGCAGCAACGUCGGGAGCAACCUGGCCAGUGACGUGGAGGCGCCGAUUGUGCCACGACAACUCUCCAACGCAUCGAGGAACGGGAGUCCCGCGAAAAGCAAACCGACAUAGAAGAAGUGACAAGCACCAUCACACGCUGGAAGGCCAGAAGUGCCGGGCUGGGACGAUCGGGUACACGAAGGGGGCCAUGACGCGGCAAGACUUCGGCGAGACUGCGGACGAAGAUGCUUGUAGUCGGUCUCUGCCUUCUUGUGACGUUUGACACGCAAGUCCAAGGAACGGCGUGACGUGAGGACGGAAGUUGUAAGUACUUCUUCGCAGGAAUGCUGGAAACUAUUGGGCGCGGGAUGUUGUAAAAAAACGAAAUGAACACGCAAUCAGUCAACGCCAUUGACUCUGCAAAGUACGACAUGAUUCUUUCACAACUGAUUCAUUUUUUCAUGGAUUGUGCGAUACAAUCGUGCAUACCCGGUUGUUCAGGUGAUGCGGGUAUAUACUUUUUUCUGGCAGAUAAGUUUGGCAAUUUCAAUUGUGCGGGGUUUAUGAAAAUGCCUGGAACAAGGAUCGCGAGUGGAGCGUGUCAGGGAGGAGAAUUAGAGCGCAUUCAAGACCGCGGUAGACAGAGAGUGGCUAUCUUCUGAGCUAUCUAUUGCGCACGGCGCCUUGCGUGAAAACGCUACUCAAAUGUGAAAAAA